AUAAUGACAAGAAGAAGAAGAAGAAGAAAAAGAAGAAGAAGAAGAAGAAGAAGAAGAAGAAGAAGAAGAAAUGACGAAAAGAAAUAAAUAAAAACAAAAUAAUAAAAAAUAACAACAUAACACAGAAGUAAAAGAAAACGGGAAAAAAACAGAAGAAAACGAAAGACGCAAAAGAAAAGAAUGGAAAUCUGGACACUUAAAAAUUAAAAAUGAAGAAGAAGAAGAUUAAGGAAAGAGAAAGUAAGCAAACAAACAAACAAACAAACAAACAAACACCACCACCAUCACCACCACCACCACCACCACCACGAAGAGGGAAAAAGGAAAACAAAAGGCUGACGAUCCAACGAACGAUUUUCCCCUCUGCCUUUCCCCUCCCCUCCCCUCAACCCCCAACCAUCCAUACAAACAGAGGAAGAGGAGGAGGAGGAGGAGGAAGAGGAGGAGGAGGAGAGGGGGAAACUGAAGAUAUUGGGGAGGAAAUAAAGGAGAGAUAAGGAAAUCAGUCACUGUGAAUCUUCUACCCACAAUUCCCCGAGCCUCCCCAACACGACAAGAUGAUAAUGUAUGAUCCCCAUUGUGCACGAGAGGCGCCGCUUCACAGAUGUAAUGGACGAGGAAAUUGACGAAGACAGAAGGAGAAGGAGAAUGAUUGACAGGAAAACAGUCAGCUUCAUCAGGGGCAGAAUGGAAACUUGUGCCCUUGAUCUGCCUCGCUCCUCCAAGACUGAGGUCACCACGCGACUGGCACUGACGGAGAGGAUGCGAGAGGUCAAGGAAGGAGCGACUCCCAACACAGCCCCAUUUAUGAGAGAGAAGCCUCAAACUACUGCUAUAUCACCAGGAUGUAAACUUGAUCUCACGGUGGCAGUGUCUGGUGUACCCGAGCCUGGAGUACAAUGGUUCAAAAACGACAUUGCCAUCCUUGCGGACUCCCAGCGUGUCACAAUUACCACGAAGGGGGGAAGGUCAACCCUCAGCUUCAGCAAAUGCAAGGAGAUGGAUGCUGGUCUGUACAAGGUAGUGGCACGUAACGAAGCAGGGCAGGUCACCCACAAGUUCCGGCUGCUCCCAGGACACCUACCGGGGGUUUGCGACACACCUGAAGUCACCCAAGUUGGGGAGACAGAAAUGUUUUUGAAGUGGGGACCGCCUAUUGAUGAUGGAGGCGCCAGGAUCAUAUGCUACAUGUUGGAGAUGAAGAUGAGUGGUGAAGCCAAGUGGACAACCGUAGCUGACAAUAUCGACCACGAAUUCUACAAGGUGUCCAAACUAACGCCAGACACAACUUAUUUUUAUCGUGUCUCUGCCAAGAAUUUCAUGGGCUGGGGGGACGCCUCGCCCGCCAGCCCCGCCACGAAGACCCACGCCGUCGGAGUGACAGGUGCCCGCAAGAUGGUGGUGUCCCAGCAGAUGCUACAGCUACAGAAGCAGACGGAGAGUGGCAGGACACCUCCAACUUUCCCUGACAGAAGAGAGAUUGAUUAUUCUAAAGAACUGGACCCUGUGAAACUCAAGACGGGAGAAAAUGCUGAACUGCAGAUAAGAAAGUACAACCCAGUGGCCGAGGUGUCGCGCGGCAGGUAUGGGACAAUCGCAAAAUGUGUGAGAAGUGAUGACCAGCGCACAUUUGUCCUUAAGGUGAUGCAGAACAAGGACAGAGAGAGCGAAGUCAAGCAUGAAUACGAGGUACACAGCAGCAUGAGACACGAGCGAAUUGUACAGCUUCACGAGGCGUACAGCGUGGGCGCCUUCACCUUCUUCGUGAUGGAGCCUCUAAGUGGCAUGGACAUCCUGACAUACCUGGCUGCCCAGUAUCAGUACAAUGAGCAACACGUGUACACUGUCGCCUCGCAGGUACUCGACGCCCUGUCCUACCUGCACUGGCGGGGCUACAGUCACCUGGACGUGCAGCCUGAUAACAUAGUGGUUGUGUCUACAAGGAGGUGUGACGUGAAGCUGGUGGACCUUGGCAGCGUUCAGAAAAUGUCUAAUUUGGGUUCUGAUAUCUCUCCAUCCGGCGCCCUUGACUACACAGCUCCAGAAAUUAUACUAGAGAAGAAGGCACACCCAACCAGUGACGUGUGGUCCCUUGGUUGUGUGAUCUACGCCCUCCUCGCCGGCAGGAGCGCCUUUGGAGGGGUGGACGACGAGGACACAAAGGAAAACGUGCAAUUCUCGAGAUUUAAGCUGGAAUAUCUCAACCCAGGAGUGAGUCAGGAGGUGGUGCGGUUCCUGAUGCUGAUUUUCAAGCGUGACCCGAGCAAGAGACCCACGGUAGAGGAAUGCUGGGACCACAAAUGGCUGGUCGAAAGUGACUACAUGGCCAGGAGGAGAGAGCGAGCUACCUUCUACGGCGCCAGACUAGAGGAGUACGACAGGAGCUACCACGAGGCCAGAGUGCGGGUUGCUAUCAAAUCAGCCAACCUUCUGAACUUCAACGAUGCUGCGUUCCCUCCUACGAUAACUUAUGACACGAAAAACUUGUGUAUUGUUUAGCUAAUGUAGUGUUGUAGUGGUGCCUAAGAUAUCCACCCCCUAUUUCUCCGUUUUCUUUAGUCACCCCUGCUCUUGUAAUGCCUUCCCUGUUUUCUAUGGGAUAUGGAAAGUCUCUCAUUUUCUUGAUAGUUUCUGCGCCUUGGUGUUUUUUUUUUUCUUUGUCUUCCUUUGUGUGUCUAUCAGGAAGGAAUUAACAAGGAAAAUAUUGAUUCUUUCUUUAAGCUGUUUCUUCUUGUCUUUUAUAUUCUCUCUCUCUCUCUCCUUCCCUAUUAGUAGGUUUCCUUGUUUAAAUCUAAUCUAAGUCUGCCCUUGAAACGCUGUAUUUAUCCCGAACAGAAAACGAGACUACUCAUUUUCUUUCCUCCCGCCACUGUGAGGAGACUUUUUUCCCGUUUUCUUUUCCUUGAUUCGCUGUGUAUUUGUAUUCACUAAGUAUAUCUCGUAUCUUGUUCCCAUAGCGAUAAUUUAAUACGGAAAAAAACACGUCAGUUGAAAAAAAAGAAAAAAAAAAGGUAUAUAGGGGUAUUAUAGUGAUACUCCACUUCCUCCCGUUUUCUUCGUUCGUUUUCUCCGUUUUCUCUAGUAGCAGUUUUAUGGUAAACGAAAGUAUUUUAUUUGGUAGCUAAUAGUAGAUGGAAUUAUCAUUAUUUUUUCCUCCUUAUCUUUUUUCCUUGUCAAUUUAUCAGUUCUUUUCUUUUUUUCCUUUAUUUUUUUCCCUCCAAGUGAGACUGUUUGUAGUUUAUGAUGAUUUGUUUGUGACGUAACAGAUUGAAGGUUGCUGAUUGGUCAAGCCUUAGUGACGUCAUAGAUUGAAGGCUGGUAAUUUGUCGAGCCUCGGUGGCGUCAUGUAUUGAAGGCUGGUGAUUGGUCGAGCCUUGGUGACGUCACGAGAUGUUGAAAGUGAUGUACAGUGUAUUAAAAAAUGAUUAAUAAAUGAACACAUGGCAUCGU